AUGUCUUAUAAAGUGUGUGAUAUAAUUAGUGCGAUUGAUAAUUAUGUUGAUGAUCCGAAGAACUCGAAAGGAUAUAAUUCUAUUAGUCAUUUUGAUUAUUAUUGCCCUAAUAGUAAGUGUGAUACUGAUGAAAAAAAAAUUAUUUCUGCUUUUAUAGCAUUGAUACCUUUAUUUAAUGGUAUGGAUGAUGUGGAAAAUUUAGAGAGUGAUAAACUUGCUGAAUAUGCUAUUUUAUGGUUAAGUUAUAAACUAAAUCAAAAAACAGAAAAUGGAACGAUCAAAUUAUACGAUUUUUAUACUAAACAUAUAGAAAAAAAUAGUUAUUAUGAUAAGCAUAUAACUACUGAUAGUGGUAGUAAUAAGAUUAAUAAGGCUGUUAUAGAAAAAAAAAUAAAAUCGAUGAAUAUGAAUAUUAAAGAUAUAUCUAAUUUUUAUGAUCCAUUUAAAUCAUUAUGCAACCUGUAUCGUGAACUUGAUGCAAACAAUAAACAAUGCAUGCCAUGUUUAGAAAAUGUUGGAGAAUUUUUUGAAAAAUGUGAAAAAGUUAAAAAUACUUUGGAUAUUUCUAAAGGAAGUUCUUAUUCACAACUAUGGUAUAGUUUAUCAAAUGAUUAUGAUAAAUUUAAAGAGAAAUAUAAUAAUGUUAAGUGUGGUUAUGUCUCAUCACCUGUAGCUUGUCCACGAAGUUCAGUAACAAAAAAUACACUAAUUAAAAUUGCAAUUAUAUUUGUUGCAGCAUCAAUUUUAUUUGGAGUUUCUUAUAAGUAUUCGUUAUUUGGAUUUCGGAAAAAAGUUAAAAAACGUUUAAGAAGAAAGCUAAAAUCAUUAAGAAGAAAAUGGUUAAUUGAUAUAUGA